CACCAGCAACUGAGGUGGUUGGGGUGUUGAAAGGAAGUGCGAUUAUUUGUUUUUUUUUUUUUUUGUUACGAAGAACGUUACCAAUAGCUGUCACGGGGAGCACGCAAAGCAAAGUUGCAACGCUAUUAUCUUCCAGACGUAUGCUUUGGUCAUCUUACUGACCAACCAAGUCAUUUUUUUUACUGUUGCUUACUAAUAAUCAAUAAGCAACCUACAUGAUUGUCGCACAAGGCAAACCGUAGCCUCAAAGGGCUGGACAGCCUUUUUAAAGCCUAAUCUUAGCACACUUGUCAUUCACCUUGCUUCCUUCCACCUAUCUGGUGAGAAAACACGCUAGCUCACAAGCUAGUUACCUUAUUUUCAGUGCGUGGUGGAGAACGCGCAUAACAGGACAGCUGAGCGCGGUACCGGACCAUAGCUGUCCGGGGGCGCGGAGUUUUACUUGGCCUGAAUCAUUUUUAUAGAUUUGAAAUAUAUACAUUUAUUUUUUAAAAUCUUCCAUGGCAAAGAUGAUGGCAACGGGGUGGCUUUGCCUGGGAUUUUUACUUAGUUUGGGGCCAGUCGGUCCUACCACAGCGAUCGAAGCUUUGAAGACCUGCAGCCCCAAGCAGUUUGUGUGUAAGGACCAGGUCACCUGCAUCUCCAAGGGGUGGCGCUGUGAUGGCGAAAAGGACUGUCCGGAUGGCUCGGACGAGUCCCCUGAUGUCUGUCCACACAGCCGUGUAUCCAGCUGCUCUGCUAAUGAGUACCAGUGUCUGGGGUCAGAGGUCUGCGUUCACAUGAGCAAGCUGUGCAACGGAGUCCCCGACUGCACUGACGGAUGGGAUGAGGGCCCGCACUGCCGAGAGUUUGCCUCCAACUGCACGCACUUGGGCUGCCAGUAUAACUGUUCAGUCACACCCACAGGACCCAUGUGCUACUGCAGGAGUGCCUUUGAGAUCAGCCAGGAUGGCAAGACCUGCAAAGAUUUUAAUGAGUGCACCCUGUAUGGGACCUGCAGCCAAACCUGCACCAACACCGAGGGGGGGUUCAGCUGCAGCUGUGUGGAGGGCUACCUGCCCCAACCCGACAACCGAUCCUGCAAGGCCAAGAAUGACCCGGUGGAUCGGCCGCCGGUGCUGCUCAUUGCUAACUCUCAGAACAUCCAGGCCACCUCCCUGAGUGGGGCGGCGGUCCACAGCCUGCUGUCCACCAGCACCAAGCAGACCACCGCCAUGGACUUCCUGUACGCCCAGGAGACGGUCUGCUGGCUCCACAUGGGGGACCUGGCCACCAGCACCCAGCUCAAAUGCGCCAAGAUCCCCAACCUGAAGGGCUUCACCGAGGAGAGGACCAUCAACAUCUCCCUGAGCCUACACCAUGUGGAGCAGAUGGCCAUCGACUGGCUGACGGGCAACUUCUACUUCGUGGACGACGUGGACGAUCGCGUCUUCGUCUGCAACAAGGAGGGCGACACCUGCGUCACCCUGCUGGACCAGGAGCUGUACAACCCCAAAGGCAUCGCCCUGGACCCCACCAUGGGGAAGCUGUUCUUCACGGACUACGGGCAGAUCCCCAAGGUGGAGCGCUGCGACAUGGACGGCCAGAACCGGACCAAGCUGGUGGACAGCAAGAUCGUCUUCCCGCACGGCAUCACGCUGGACCUGGUCAACCGGCUGGUGUACUGGGCCGACGCCUACCUGGACUACAUCGAGGUGGUGGACUACGAGGGCAAGAACCGCCACACCAUCAUCCAGGGCCUGCUGAUUGAACACCUGUAUGGUUUGACGGUGUUCGAGAACUACCUGUACGGCACCAACUCGGACAACGCCAACAUGCAGCCCAAGACCAGCGUGAUCCGGGUCAACCGCUUCAACAGCUCCGACUACCAGGUGGUCACCCGCGUGGACAAAGGGGGCGCCCUGCACGUGUACCACCAGCGAAGACAGCCGCCAGUGCGGAGCCACGCUUGUGAGCCGGAUCAGUUUGGGAAGGCGGGAGGCUGCUCUGACAUCUGCCUCCUGGGGAACAGCCACAAGACCCGCACCUGCCGCUGCCGCUCUGGCUUCAGCCUGGGCAGCGACCACAAGUCCUGCAAGAAGCCAGAGCAUGAGCUCUUCCUGGUGUACGGGAAGGGUCGCCCGGGCAUCAUCCGGGGCAUGGACAUGAACGCCAAGGUGCCCGACGAGUACAUGAUCCCCAUCGAGAACCUGAUGAACCCCCGCGCCCUGGACUUCCACGCCGAGACCGAGUACAUCUACUUUGCAGACGCCACCAGCUACCUCAUUGGCCGGCAAAAGAUUGAUGGCACGGAGAGGGACACCAUCCUAAAGGAGGGGAUCCACACGGUGGAAGGCAUCGCGGUGGACUGGAUGGCGAAUAAUCUGUACUGGACAGACGACGGGCCCAAGAAGACCAUCAGCGUGGCCCGUCUGGAGAAGGCCUCGCAGACCCGAAAGACCCUGAUCGAGGGCAAGAUGACCCAUCCCCGUGCCAUCGUGGUGGACCCCCAAAACGGGUGGAUGUACUGGACGGACUGGGAGGAGGACCCGAAGGAGAGCAAGCGGGGGAAGAUCGAGCGCGCCUGGAUGGACGGCUCCAACCGCAACGUCUUCCUCACGUCCAAGACCGUCCUGUGGCCCAACGGCCUGAGCCUGGACAUCCCGCAGGGCGUCCUGUACUGGGUGGACGCCUACUACGACCGCAUCGAGAUGGUCUACCUCAACAACUCUGAGCGCAAGACGGUCUAUGAGGGCCAGGAGCUGAACCACGCCUUCGGCCUGUGCCACUACGCCCACUUCCUGUUCUGGAACGAGUACCGCAGCGGGAGCAUCUACAAGCUGGACCAGGUCACCAAGAACGUCACCCUGCUGCGCAACGAGCGCCCGCCCAUCUUCGAGAUCCGCAUGUACGACGCCCAGCAGCAGCAGGGGUCUAACCUGUGCCGUGUGCAUAACGGAGGCUGCAGCAGCCUGUGCCUGGCCGUGCCGGACGGCCGCCGCUGCGCCUGCGCAGAGGACCAGCUGCUGAACGCAGACAACGUCAGCUGCACAGCGAACCCCUCCUACAGCCCGCCCCCUCAGUGCCAGCCCGGGGAGUUCGCCUGCAGGAACAACCGCUGCAUCCAGGAGCGCUGGAAGUGCGACGGAGACAACGACUGCCUGGACAACAGCGACGAGGCGCCCGAGCUCUGCCACCAGCACACCUGCCCCACGGACCGCUUCAAGUGCCAGAACAACCGCUGCAUCCCGCUGCGCUGGCUCUGCGACGGCGACAACGACUGCGGCAACGACGAGGACGAGUCCAACACCACCUGCUCAGCUCGGACGUGCCCCCCCAACCAGUUCUCCUGCGCCAGCGGCCGCUGUAUCCCCGUCUCCUGGACCUGUGACCUGGACGACGACUGCGGCGACCGCUCGGACGAGCCGGCCUCCUGCGCCUACCCCACCUGCUUCCCUCUCACCCAGUUCACCUGUAACAACGGCCGCUGCAUCAACAUCAACUGGCGCUGCGACAACGAUAAUGACUGUGGUGAUAACAGUGACGAGGCAGGCUGCAGCCACUCCUGCUCCAGCGCGCAGUUCAAGUGCAACAGCGGCCGCUGCAUCCCGGAGUACUGGACCUGCGACGGCGACAACGACUGCGGCGACUACAGCGACGAGACGCACGCCAACUGCACCAAUCAGGCCACGCGUCCCCCGGGCGGUUGCCACGUCGACGAGUUCCAGUGCCGCAUGGACGGGCUGUGCAUCCCGCUGCGCUGGCACUGCGACGGCGACACCGACUGCGUGGACCUGAGCGACGAGAAGAGCUGCGAGGGCGUGCCGCACACCUGCGACCCCGCCGUCAAGUUCGGCUGCCGGGACUCCGCGCGCUGCAUCAGCAAGGCCUGGGUGUGCGACGGGGACAGCGACUGCGAGGACGGCUCGGACGAGGAGAACUGCGAGGUGGUCUCCUGCAAGCUGUCCCACCACCUGUGCGCCGGCAACGAGUCCGUCUGCCUGCCCGCCGAGAAGCUGUGCGACGGCACCGACGACUGCCCCGACGGCUCCGACGAGAAGCUCUGCGAUCUCUGCUCAUUGGAAAAUGGCGGCUGCAGCCACAACUGCUCGGUGGCGCCGGGCGAGGGCAUCCUGUGCUCCUGCCCACUGGGCAUGGAGCUGGGCACCGACAACAAGACCUGCCAGAUCCAGAGCUUCUGCGCCAAGCACCUCAAGUGCAGCCAGCGCUGCGAGCAGGAGAAGAACACCGUCAAGUGCUCCUGCUACGAGGGCUGGGCCCUGGAGCCCGACAGGGAGAGCUGCAAGAGCCUAGAUCCCUUCCCCCCCUUCAUCAUCUUCUCCAACCGCCACGAGAUCCGGCGGAUCGACCUGUACAAGGGCGAGUUCAGCGUCCUGGUGCCCGGCCUCCGCAACACCAUCGCCCUGGACUUCCACCUCAACCAGAGCUCCCUCUACUGGACCGACGUGGUGGAGGACAAGAUCUACCGCGGGAAGCUGUCGGAGAACGGCGCCCUGACCAGCUUCGAGGUGGUGAUCCAGUACGGCUUGGCCACGCCCGAGGGCCUGGCGGUGGACUGGAUCGCCGGGAACAUCUACUGGGUGGAGAGCAACCUGGACCAGAUCGAGGUGGCCAAGCUGGACGGCACCAUGCGCACCACCCUGCUGGCCGGGGAGGUGGAGCACCCCCGAGCCAUCGCCCUGGACCCCCGAUACGGAAUCCUUUUCUGGACGGACUGGGACGCGAGCCUCCCGAGGAUCGAGGCGGCGUCCAUGAGCGGGGCGGGCCGGCGCACGGUCCACCGGGAGACGGGCAGCGGCGGCUGGCCCAACGGCCUGACCGUGGACUACCUGGAGCUCCGCAUCCUGUGGAUCGACGCCAGGUCAGACGCCAUAUACUCUGCGCGGUAUGACGGCUCCGGGCUGAUGGAGGUUCUGCGGGGUCAUGAGUACCUGUCGCACCCCUUCGCCGUCACCAUGUACGGGGGGGAGGUGUACUGGACCGACUGGCGCACCAACACCCUGGCCAAGGCCAACAAGUGGACCGGGCUGAACGUGACCGUGGUGCAGAGGACCAACACCCAGCCGUUUGACCUGCAAGUGUACCACCCGUCCAGGCAGCCCCAGGCCCCGAACCCCUGUGCCGCAAACGGAGGCAGGGGGCCCUGCUCCCACCUGUGUCUGAUCAACUACCACCAGACCUUCUCCUGCGCCUGCCCCCACCUGAUGAAGCUCCAGGACGACGGGCACACCUGCUACGAGUCCCGCCAGUUCCUGCUCUACGCCCGGCAGAUCGAGAUCCGGGGCGUGGACAUCGACAACCCGUACUACAACUACAUCAUCUCCUUCACCGUGCCGGACAUCGACAACGUGACGGUGCUGGACUACGACGCGCUGGAGAGCCGCGUCUACUGGUCGGACGUCCGGACGCAGAGCAUCAGGCGCGCCUUCAUCAACGGCACCGGGGUGGAGACGGUGGUGUCAGCAGACCUGCCGAAUUCUCACGGCUUGGCGAUAGACUGGGUGUCCCGGAACAUUUUCUGGACCAGCUACGACGCCAACAAGAAGCAGAUCAAUGUGGCUCGGCUGGACGGCUCCUUUAAAAACGCUGUGAUCCAGGGUCUGGACAAGCCCCACUGCCUGGUCCUGCACCCUCUCCUUGGAAAGCUGUACUGGACAGAUGGGGAUAAUAUCAGCAUGGCCAACAUGGACGGCAGCAACCACACCGUGCUCUUCACCAAUCAGAAAGGACCUGUGGGCCUGUCCAUCGACUUUGACAUGGAGCAGCUGUACUGGAUCAGUUCAGGGAACAGCACGAUCAGCCGCUGCAGGCUGGACGGCAGCCAGCUGGAGGUGCUGGAGGGGGUGAAAGGCAAACUGACCAAGGCCACGGCACUGGCUAUCAUGGGAGACAAGCUGUGGUGGGCGGACCAGGCUACAGAUCAGAUGGGCACCUGUGAUAAGAAGGACGGGGGAAACUGGAAGGUGAUGAGGAACAGCACGUCCCCCAUGAUGCACAUGAAGAUCUACAACGAGACCGUGCAGAAAGGUGCAAACCUGUGCAGUGCUGGUAAUGGGGGCUGCUCCCAGCUGUGCUUACCCACGUCCCCCACCUCCCGGUCCUGCAUGUGCACAGCAGGGUACAGCCUGAGGAGCGGCCAGCAGUCCUGCGAGGGCGUUGGCUCCUUCCUGCUCUACUCUGUGCACGAGGGCAUCCGGGGGAUCCCGCUGGACCCAGCCGACAGGUCCGACGCCCUCGUGCCCGUCUCCGGCACCUCCCUGGCCGUGGGCAUCGACUUCCACGCCGACAACGACACCAUCUACUGGGUGGACAUGGGCCUGAGCACCAUCAGCCGGGCCAAGAGGGACCAGACCUGGCGCGAGGACGUGGUGACCAACGGCAUCGGCCGGGUGGAGGGCAUCGCCGUGGACUGGAUCGCAGGGAACAUGUACUGGACGGACCAGGGCUUCGACGUGAUCGAGGUGGCCAGGCUCAACGGCUCCUUCCACUACGUGGUGAUCUCCCAGGGCCUGGACAAGCCCCGCGCCAUCGCUGUGCACCCCGAGAAAGGGUACCUGUUCUGGACUGAGUGGGGGCAGUACCCUCGUAUUGAGAGGGCGCGUCUGGACGGAUCUCAGCGGACUGUGCUGGUCAACGUGAGCAUCAGCUGGCCCAACGGCAUCUCCAUCGACUACCCGGACGGCUUCCUGUACUGGUGUGACGCCCGGACCGAUAAGAUCGAGCGGAUAGAUCUGGAAACCGGGCAGAACCGGGAGGUGGUGCUGGCCAGCAAUAACAUGGACAUGUUCGCCGUGUCCGUCUUCGAGAACUACAUCUACUGGAGCGACAGGACGCACGCUAACGGCUCUAUAAAGAGGGGGAGCAAGGACAACGCCACGGACAGCAUCACGCUGAGGACCGGCAUCGGCGUGCAGCUCAAGGACAUCAAGGUGUUCAACCGAGCCAGGCAGCAGGGAACCAACGUGUGCCGGGACGGCAACGGCGGGUGCGAGCAGCUGUGCCUGUACCGCGGCGACGGCCAACGCACCUGCGCCUGCGCGCACGGGACGCUGGCGGAGGACGGGCGCGGCUGCCGCGGCUACGAGGGCUACCUGCUCUACUCGGAGCGGACCAUCCUGAAGAGCGUGCACCUGUCGGACGAGCGCAACCUCAACGCGCCCGUCAAGCCCUUCGAGGACGCCGAGCACAUGAAGAACGUCAUCGCCCUCGCCUUCGACUACCGCGGGGGCGGCGGGAAGGGCGCCAACCGCAUCUUCUUCAGCGACAUCCACUUCGGCGACAUCCAGCGCAUCAACGACGACGGCUCCGACCGCCAGACCGUGGUGCAGACCGUGGGUUCGGUGGAGGGGCUGGCCUACCACCGGGCCUGGGACGCCCUGUACUGGACCAGCUACACCACGUCCACCAUCACGCGCCACACGGUGGACCAGAGCCGCGGCGGCGCCUUCGACCGCGACACCGUGGUCACCAUGUCCGGCGACGACCACCCGCGCGCCUUCGUGCUCGACGAGUGCCAGGACCUGAUGUUCUGGACCAAUUGGAACGAGCAGUCCCCCAGCAUCAUGCGGGCCUCCCUGUCGGGCGCCAACGUGCUGGUGAUCAUCGGGCACGACAUCCGCACGCCCAACGGGCUGGCCAUCGACCACCGCGCCGAGAAGCUCUACUUCUCCGACGCCACGCUGGACAAGAUCGAGCGCUGCGAGUACGACGGGUCGCGCCGCUACGUGGUGCUGAAGAACGAGCCGGUGCACCCGUUUGGCCUGGCGGUGUACGGAGACUACAUCUUCUGGACGGACUGGGUCAGGCGAGCCGUCCUCCGCUCCGACAAAUACGUGGGCAGCGAAAUGAAGGUGCUGCGUGCUGACAUCCCCCAGCAGCCAAUGGGCAUCAUCGCCGUGGCCAACGACACCAACAGCUGCGAAUUCUCCCCCUGCAGAGUGAACAACGGAGGGUGCCAGGACCUCUGCCUCCUGACCUCCGAGGGGCGGGUCAACUGCUUGUGCCGCGGCGAUCGCAAGCUGAUGGAGGACAACACCUGCACAGCUCGGAACUCUUCCUGCAGCAGUGUGGAAGAGUUUGAGUGCGGGAACGGCGACUGCAUCAACUACAGCCUUACCUGUGAUGGCAUGGCGCACUGCAAGGACAAAUCAGACGAGAAGCAGUCCUACUGCGCCAAUCGAAUGUGCAAGAGCGGAUUCAGGCGCUGCAACAAUGGCCGCUGCAUCGGCCACAGCUACUGGUGCAACCGGGUGGACGACUGUGGGGACAACUCGGACGAAGUGCCCUGCAACGUAACUCUGUGCAAAGCGGAGGAGUUCCAGUGCAAGGAUGGGGGUUGCAUCACCAACUCCAGCCGCUGCAACCAGGUGGUGGACUGCAGUGACGCAUCGGACGAGAUGAACUGCACUGCCACCGACUGCUCCAGUUACUUCCGGCUCGGGGUAAAGGGCGUGACCUUUCAGAAAUGCGAGAUGACCUCACUGUGCUACGCUCCUGCCUGGGUUUGUGAUGGCUCCAACGACUGUGGGGACUACUCUGAUGAGAUGAACUGCCCAGAGAAGAAGAAGACUAAGUGUCCGGUGAACUUCUUCGCCUGCCCCAGCGGCCGCUGCAUCCCCAUGAGCUGGACCUGCGACAAGGAGAACGACUGCGAGGACGGCGCCGACGAGACUCACUGCGAUAAGUUCUGCACCUCCGCACAGUUUGAGUGCGGGAACCACCGGUGCAUCUCUAACCGCUGGGUGUGUGACGGAGCGGACGACUGUGGGGACGGCACAGACGAGGACAGCAGAUGCAAGACCAAGACCUGCAGCCCCGAGGCCUUCCACUGUCCCGAUUCCCACAUGUGCAUCCCGCACCGCUGGAAGUGCGACGGGGACAAGGACUGCCCCGGCGGGGCGGACGAGAGCGUCAAGGCUGGGUGUGUGUUUAACAACACCUGCGGGGAGAAUGAGUUCAUGUGCCAGAACAGACUCUGCAUACCCAAGCAUUUUGUGUGUGACCACGACGUCGACUGCACAGACGGCUCUGAUGAAUCUCUGGAGUGCGAGUACCCCACCUGCGGCCCGGACCAGUUCCGCUGUGCCAACGGCCGCUGCCUCGUCCAGAAGGACUGGGAGUGCGACGGCGAUUUCGACUGUCACGACCGCUCUGACGAGGCCCCCAAAAACCCCCACUGCACCGAGUCUGGGAGGAAGUGCAACGACUCGGCGUACAUGUGCAAGAACGGGAAGUGCCUGAACGAGACGCUUCUGUGCGACCGCAACGACGACUGCGGCGACGGCUCCGACGAGCUCAACUGCUUCGUCAACGAGUGUCUGAACCGCAAGCUGAGCGGCUGCUCCCAGCUCUGCGAGGACCUCAAGGUCGGCUACAAGUGCAGGUGUCGGCCUGGCUUCCACCUGAAGGAUGAUGGGAAGACGUGUGUGGACAUCGACGAGUGCAAGACCACGUACCCCUGCACCCAGCGCUGCAUCAACAGCUACGGCAGCUUCCACUGCCUGUGUGUGGAUGGCUACCAACCCCGCCCCGACGACCCCAACACCUGCAAAUCCACCUCAGAGGAGGAGGCCUUCCUCAUAUUUGCUAACCGGUACUACCUGAGGAAGCUGAACCUGGACGGCUCCAACUACACCUUGAUCAAGCAGGGCCUGAACAACGCGGUGGCUCUGGACUUCCACUACGCCGAGCAGAUGAUCUACUGGACCGACGUCACCACGCAGGGCAGCAUGAUUCGCCGCAUGAACAUCAACGGGAGCAACGUGCAGGUGCUGCACCGCACUUCACUCAGCAACCCCGACGGACUGGCUGUGGACUGGGUGGGCGGGAACCUGUACUGGUGUGACAAGGGCAGGGACACCAUCGAGGUGUCCAAGCUGGGCGGGGCCUACAGGACGGUGCUGGUCAACACGGGGCUGAAGGAGCCGCGAGCCAUCGCCGUGGAUGUCCAUAACGGGUACCUGUACUGGUCGGACUGGGGAGAUAUCCCCCACAUUGGCCGAAUUGGCAUGGACGGCACCAACCGCAGCGUGAUCGUGGACAAGCACAUCACCUGGCCCAACGGCCUCACGCUCGACUUCAUCAACGAGCGCAUCUACUGGGCCGACGCCCGCGAGGACUACAUCGAGUUCGCCGACCUGGACGGAACCAACCGCCACACGGUGCUGAAUCAGGACAUUCCGCACAUCUUCGCCAUGACGCUGUUUGAGGAGUUCAUCUACUGGACCGACUGGGAAACGAAGUCCAUCAACCGCGCUCACAAGACCCUGGGCACCAACAAGACCCUGCUGAUCAGCACCCUGCACCGCCCGAUGGACAUCCACAUCUACCACCCCUCCCGCCAACCGCAGGUGCACAACCACCCCUGUCAGGUAGACAACGGGGGCUGCAGUAACCUAUGCCUGCUCUCUCCUGGAGGGGGGUACAAGUGCACCUGUCCAACCAACUUCUACCUGGCCAGCGACGGGCGUCGGUGCAUGUCUAACUGCACUGCCAGCCAGUUUGUGUGUAAAAAUGAUAAGUGCAUCCCGUUCUGGUGGAAGUGUGACACGGAGGAUGACUGUGGUGAUCGGUCUGAUGAGCCUGCAGACUGCCCUGAGUUUAAGUGCAGGCCAGGUCAGUUCCAGUGUGGGACAGGGAUCUGUACAAACCCAGCCUACAUCUGCGACGGGGACAACGACUGCCAGGACAAUUCGGAUGAGGCCAACUGUGAUAUCCACGUGUGUUUGCCCAGUCAGUUCAAGUGCACCCACCCCAGCCGCUGCAUCCCCGGGAUCUUCCGCUGCAACGGGCAGGACAACUGCGGAGACGGAGAGGACGAGAAGGACUGCCCUGAGGUAACCUGCGCUCCGAACCAGUUCCAGUGCGCCAUCACCAAGCGCUGCAUCCCGCGCGUCUGGGUCUGCGACCGUGACAACGACUGCGUGGACGGCUCCGAUGAGCCCGCCAACUGCACCCAGAUGACCUGCGGGGUGGACGAGUUUCGCUGUAAGGACUCGGGCCGCUGCAUCCCCUCCCGCUGGAAGUGCGACGGAGAGGACGACUGCGGAGACGCGUCCGACGAGCCCAAGGAGGAGUGCGAUGAGAGGACCUGCGAGCCGUACCAGUUCCGCUGCAAGAACAACCGCUGCAUCCCCGGGCGCUGGCAGUGCGACUACGACAACGACUGCGGCGACAACUCCGACGAGGACAAGUGCGUUCCCCGGAAGUGCUCGGAGAGUGAGUUUCCCUGCACUAACGGCCGCUGCAUUGCUGGGAGAUGGAAGUGUGAUGGAGACCAUGACUGUUCUGACGGUUCGGAUGAGAACGGCUGUGAUGUGAAGUGCGACGGCGACCAGUUCCAGUGCAAGAGCGGCCACUGCAUCCCCUUCCGCUGGCGCUGCGACGCCGACCCCGACUGCAUGGACGGCAGCGACGAGGAGAAGUGCGACAGCGGCGUGGGGAGACACUGCCCCCUGGAGGAGUUCCAGUGCAACAACACGCUGUGCAAGCCGCUGGCCUGGAAGUGCGAUGGGGAGGAUGACUGCGGUGACAACUCUGACGAAGAUCCAGAGCAGUGCCAGAAUUUUACGUGCCCCCCCUCCAGGAAUUUCCGUUGCCAAAACAACCGUGUGUGUCUGUGGAUCGGCAAGCAGUGCGACGGCGUGGACAACUGCGGGGACAACACUGAUGAGCUGAACUGCAAGAUCCCUCCAGCCACGCCUGUCUGUGAGAAGAACGAGUUCCUGUGCAGCAACGGCAGGUGCAUCAGCUCCAGCCUGCGAUGCAACUCCUUCAACGACUGCGAGGACUACGGCUCCGAUGAGAUCGACUGCAGGAGGGACACUGGUCUGAAGAAUUGCCAUAGCAGCGGCACUGUGUGUGGAGAUGGAGACGAGGCUCACUGUGUCACCAACGGCACCGACUCCUUCUGCACCUGCAAACCAGGCUUCCAGAAGACAGGCCAAAACAGCUGUGAAGAUAAGAAUGAGUGCCAGCGUUUCGGCUUGUGCUCCCACAUCUGCAACAACACGAAGGGCUCCUACAAGUGCAGCUGCCACAAGUACUUCACCAAAGUCAACGACACCUGCAAGGCCGACAGUCAGAACAGUAACAGGCAGGUGCUCUACAUCGCCGACGACAACGAGAUCCGGAGCCUGGACCCCAGUGUGCCCAACUGGGUGUACGGGCAGACCUUCCAGGGGGACGCCGACGUGCGCAUCGACGCCAUGGACGUGCACGUCAAGUCCAACAAGAUCUUCUGGACCAACUGGCACACGGGCCGCAUCUCCGUCGAUGAGCUGCCCGCCUCCUCGCCAAACUCCAACCGCAACCGCAACCGCCGGCAGACCGAGACCCGCAUCACAAACCUGGAGAUCUCGGGCCUUAAGAUGCCUCGCGGGAUCGCGGUGGACUGGGUCGCCGGGAACAUCUACUGGACCGACUCCGGGCGGGACGUGAUCGAGGUGGCCCAGAUGAGCGGGCAGAACCGCAAGACCCUGAUCUCGGGCAUGAUCGACGAGCCGCACGCCAUCGUGGUGGACCCCCAGAGAGGAAUCAUGUACUGGGCAGACUGGGGUAACCACCCGAAGAUUGAGACUGCAGCCAUGGACGGCACCAUGAGGGAGACGCUUGUCCAGGGGAACAUCCAGUGGCCCACAGGCCUGGCUGUGGACUACUUUAAUGAGCGCCUGUACUGGGCGGAUGCUAAGCUCUCUGUGAUUGGCAGCGUGCGGCUGAACGGCACGGACCCAGUGGUGGCCGUCAGCGGCAUCAAGAACCAGCUCCACCACCCUUUCAGCAUUGACAUCUUUGAGGACUACAUCUAUGGCGUCACCUACGUCGACAACAUUGUCUUCAGGGUGAACAAGUUUGGCAAGGGCCCCGUGGAGAAAAUGACCACCGGUAUAAACCAUGCCACGGACGUUGUCCUUUACCACCGCUACAAGCAGCCCGAGAUGACAAACCCAUGUGACAGGAAGAAGUGUGAGUGGCUGUGUCUCCUGAGCCCCAGUGGGCCGGUCUGUACCUGCCCCAAUGGCCGGAUUCUGGACAAUGGAACCUGUGUGGAGCGCCCCCCUCCCACAGAGUCCCCUCUCUCGCCCCCCAGCCGGACCUGCAGCAUGCUGUGCCUGAACGGGGGCAGCUGCUUCCUGAACUCCCGCAAGCAGCCGAAGUGCCGCUGCCAGCCCAACUACAGCGGGGACCGCUGCGAAGUGGACCAGUGCCGGAACUACUGCCAGAACGGGGGCAUCUGCACCGCCUCCCCCACAGGUACACCGACCUGUCGCUGUCUGACUGGAUUCACUGGCCCCAAGUGCAACCUGCUCACCUGCAGAGACUACUGCCUGAACGGCGGUAACUGCACGGUGACCCGGGGCAACCAGCCUGCCUGCUCAUGCCCUGCGGAUUACCUAGGAGACAAGUGCCAAUACAGUAAAUGUCAUGGCUUCUGCCAGAACGGAGGCACGUGUCUGCAGCUGUCUGAUGGAACCAUGCACUGCCGCUGCCCCCUGCAGUUCGAGGGCAGCGCCUGCGAGGUGGACAAGUGCCACUACUGUAAGGACGGAAAGUGUAUCCACGGCAACAGCUACAGCCUCACGGGAGAGGUCACCUGCAACUGCACUAACGGCAGUAUCCAGCCUAGCUGCUACACCUGUGAGGAUUACUGCAUACAUGGACUCUGCUCCAUCAACACACACACUACGCUGCCAGAGUGCAGUUGCCUCACGGGAUGGAGUGGAAAUCGCUGCCAGCUGGUUGCUGCUCCAGUAGAUUCCUCGGUCUCUAACGACAAAACCACUUCCAUUGUCCUUCCGGUACUACUGCUACUAUUAGUUGUGCUGUUGGUGGGCGGCGCCAUCUUCUGGUACAAGAGGAGAAUGCGUGGGUCUGUAUGGCUGGGCAAAUCCUGUUCCAGACGCUCGCGGGCGAAGGGCUUCCAGCACCAGCGGAUGACUAAUGGGGACAUGAAUGUGGAGAUCGGAAACCCGGCGUACAAGAUCUACGAGGGCGAGCCCGACGAGGACGUGGGAGAGCUCCUGGACUCCGAUUUCACACUGGACCCAGACAAGCCCACCAACUUCACCAACCCAGUUUACGCCACCUUGUACAUGGGCGCCCACAACAGCCGCAACUCCCUGGCCAGCACGGACGAGAAGAGAGAGCUGCUGUCUCAGGGGGAGGAGGAUGUGGUGGACCCCCUGGCAUAGAGUGGCGCCCCCUACAGUCCACUAAGCACCGCUACACACAAACCCCCCCCUUCGCCUUUUUAAAAAAAAGCACGAACACUGUAUAAAAUGUACAAAAUGAAGGACUACUUUUGUAUGUGAUUGCAGUAUUAUAUUUUGUUCUUUGAAGAUUCCUCUGGUCAAAAAAAAAAAACAAUUUUUCUAUACAAUUUUUUUUUUUUAACUCGGUUCCACCCACACACACCCUCCUUUACCCAAGUAGUCGCUACCUCUGUGCAGAAUCACAUGAAAAAAAGGAGAGACUCAACAUCGGAACAAUUUUAAUUUUUUAUUUUUGUAUGAAUUGUAUAGAAAAAAAUUUGUUCCAUUUCAGAAAUGUCAAGCGUCAGUUUUCCAUGGAAGUUAGGGGAGGGUGAGGUCAAAUUUCAGUCAUCAAUGGUGCAGAUGUUGGCUGGGCCACGUGCACACACGGGUGCAUGUGUGAGUGAAUGUGUGUGGGUGUGAACUGCAGAUUGCUUGUAGAUUCAUGGUGGAAUUAAUUUUAAAAACAUUUCUGAUGGCAUCUUCUGUAUUUUAAUAUGAUCUCAGAGAAAUAUGUUUGAGUGAUUGUGUUUUUUCUUCCUUGCACAGACUAAAUUUAUAUAUAUAUAUAUAUUUACAUAUAUAAGCCUAUGAAUAAAGUGUCUUGAAAAUAUCCGCAGGGAUAUGAACUUGAGCAGUUUUAAAAAGCAUAUAUUUGUUUUAUGUUAAGAAAAUGUUUUUAGGGCUCCAGAGAUACAGAAAUGGCAUAGCAAUGUCAGCAAAUGAAUGAAUGAACGAAUGGAUGAAUGAAUGAAUGAAUGAAUGAAUGAAUGAAUGUGAGAUCGUGAAACAUUCCAAGAUUUUCAAGCUUCCAAGGUGCGUGUGUGGGAGGGAAGAGCCCUUUGCGCCCGCACUUUCCAUAUUCCAGGGCCGAAGGGACCCGAAUGAGUUUAGUCCGUGUUGAGUGGGACAGAGAAACAGCCCUGAAUGAGUUUAGUCCGUGUUGAGUGGGACAGAGAAACAGCUCUGAAUGAUUUUAGUCUGUGUUGAGUGGGACAGAGAAACAGCCCUGAAUGAGUUUAGUCUGUGUUGAGUGGGACAGAGAAACAGCCCUGAAUGAAUUUAGUCCGUGUUGAGUGGGACAGAGAAACAGCCCUGAAUGAGUUUAGUCCGUGUUAAGUGGGACAGAGAAACAGCCCUGAAUGAGUUUAGUUUGUGUUGAGUGGGACAGAGAAACAGCUCUGAAUGAUUUUAGUCUGUGUUGAGUGGGACAGAGAAACAGCCCUGAAUGACUUUAGUCUGUGUUGAGUGGGACAGAGAAACAGCCCUGAAUGACUUUAGUCCGUGUUGAGUGGGACAGAGAAACAGCCCUGAAUGACUUUAGUCCGUGUUGAGUGGGACAGAGAAACAGCCCUGAAUGAGUUUAGUCCGUGUUGAGUGGGACAGAGAAACAGCCCUGAAUGGCUUUAGUCCAUGUUGAGUGGGACAGAGAAACAGCCCUGAAUGACUUUAGUCCGUGUUGAGUGUGACAGAGAACCAGCCCUGGAACAUCGUCUCCAGGAGACGGGCGACGGCAAGGGUGAAAAAAAUUAAGGGUUUGUCUUUUUGGCAUUUACUCUUCCUUUCCCCCCCCCCCCCCAAGUAAAAGCUGAUUAGGGUAAAUCGGUGUGAAUUUUAAUGUUUUUAAACAGUGUCUCCACGUAUUUUUGGACUCUCAUUUUAAGUGCAGUCCUGGGGGUUUUUUUUUUUAAACGUGCCUAUUAACCGACGGCUCAUCGUUUCCCUGGUUUAUCCUCCCCCCUGUAGCCCUGCUGCUAACGCUAACGUCUGUCUGCCUGAUGCGUUCCCCACCUUGGCCGCUCUCAGGGGCAGUCGACUUGCUGCUUCUAACGGAGUCGAUCAGCCAUAAUUUAAUGCAUGUAAGACUAAAAAUAUAGAAAAGUAAAUCAGUUCUGCUUACCCAAUACAACGUAACAGUAUUCAUGCAGUGUGGUUCACUUUGUUUCAGCUUUUUAUUUUAAAAAAUUUGUUUUUAUAAAAACAAUAGUACAAUCAUGUUACUUUUGAAAUA